CAUUAUAAAAAAUAUGUAAAAAAAAAACGAAAACCGGUGAUGAACCGGAUCUCCGUGCACCGGUGAAGUAGAAACGAUAGAAUAAUAGUCUGACCUGACAUUGACAAUUCAUUAUAUGGUGUGUUUGUUUAGUUUUUUGGUUAUAAAAUGCUUCUAUGCUUGUACAAAUGACAAGAUUUUGCUGAAACUUCAAGCAUAGUUUUUAUUGUAGAGUAAAGCUUUCUCAAGAUACAGUAGUGUUUGUAUUUUUUCAUUGAGAAAAUCCGAAAAUGGGAAAACAACGUAAAACAAGGAAAAUUGUUGAAAAGCGGUUUGCUAAAAUGAAGAAGAUGAUAAGCCCAAGCGACAGCAGGAUAAAGGCUAACGAAAGAGCUGAGCCAAGGAAAAAGAAGCCUGUAGAUCCACAUGAACUCAAGAUACGUGAAGUGCCACAAACAAGUUCAGCUUUAUUUUUCCAGUAUAAUACACAAUUAGGACCACCUUAUCACAUACUUAUUGAUACAAACUUUAUAAAUUUUUCUAUCAAAAAUAAAUUAGAUAUAAUGCAAAAUAUGAUGGACUGUUUGUAUGCAAAAUGUAUACCAUACAUAACAGACUGUGUGAUGGGGGAGUUGGAGAAGUUGGGUAGGAAAUACCGCGUUGCCUUAAGGAUUAUAAAGGAUCCACGAUUUGAAAGGAUAGCUUGCCUUCAUAAAGGCACAUAUGCUGACGACUGUAUAGUCCAAAGAGUGACCCAACAUAAAUGUUACAUCGUGGCGACAAAUGAUAAAGACUUAAAACGAAGAAUACGAAAGAUUCCUGGAGUACCAAUUAUGUAUGUGGCAGAUCAUAAGUACACUAUAGAAAGAAUGCCGGAUGCGUAUGGUGCACCGAAAGGUGCAAUUUAAUUGUAAUAAAUCUUUAAACAAAAUA